AUGGCCUGGAGGUCUUGGUUAGAUAAUGUGGCUCCGGGUACAUUCCCUGCCGAGCUUGGCAAGGGAUUAAAAGGGGUUGGUGGUAGGUUAUUGGGAGUUAUAGGACUGGAGAAAGAGAACUGUUGCCCCUCUUGGGCAGAGCUUAGGUCAUUGAGGAUAUAUUGGGUGAGUGGGCCGGUUAUCCCUUCUUUUGCUAGGUCUCAUGACCGAGCUGGGGGUGAAGAGACUGAGACCCAAGGAAGGCCUGAUUUCGAGACCGAAUGGUCUAGGCCGGCCUAUUUAAGAGGCUUCAUGAACCUUGGACUAGAGCCGUCAUCAUGGGCCCGGCCUCGUAAUCGGAGUGGUGAAACUAAGCGAUUGGACACAAAUGACUCGUUGACCACUCCGUCCUAUAAAUGUGUCGAGGCAGCAUUAUUCUUCUUCAAACACCACACAGUUGAGAGAACGAUGGCACUCUCUUGCACGGCCAAUCUCAAGACUGUGCUAACACAAAGCAUAACACCAAAGCCUCACUCAGCAGAUCCAUCACGACUACCGUUCAACAAAAAGCUGCAGAAUGUAGAAGAUCCACUUGGAAAAAUCAGAGAUUUCUUGAAGAAAGAUGAGAAUAAGCUACCAGUUUCCUCAUAUGACACUGCUUGGGUUGCGAUGGUACCCUCACAGAAUGGUUCCAAGCAGCCCCUUUUCCCAGAAUGCCUUGACUGGAUUAUGGAGAAUCAGCAGCCUGAUGGUUCAUGGGCUCUUGAUCCUGCCCAUCCCCUCCUUAUUAAAGACUGCCUCUCCUCCACACUUGCCUGUCUCCUAGCUCUCCACAAAUGGAAUGUGGGCGACCAGCUUGUGAAUAAAGGUCUAGACUUCAUGGCCUCUAACAUUUGGGCUGCCACUGACAAGCAUCAACUUUCUCCUCUUGGGUUCGACAUAAUAUUUCCAGGCAUGAUUGAGCAUGCCAGGGACACAGCCUUGAAUCUUCCUUUCAACAACUCUUUAAUAGAGGGAAUGCUUCAAAAGCGAGAUUUGGAAAUUAAAAGGCAUAACAUAUAUACCUGUGAUUUCCUUUUUCCUUUUAAUUCAACUUUUACGUACGUAUUGAUGCUGAGUUCAUUCUGCUGCAGCUUCCAAGGCGAGCUAAACAAUCUUGCAAAAUAUGCAGAGGGGCUGACCCAAUUAAAUGAUUGGCAAAAGCUAAUGAAAUAUCAAAGAAGCAACGGCUCACUCUUUAAUUCACCAUCUUCAACUGCAGCUGCUCUCAUCCAUCUUCAUGAUGAAAAAUGUUUAGCUUACCUGCACUCACUGGUGAAAAAAUUCCACAAAGGAGUUCCUACCACAUAUCCUCUGGACAUCUAUUCCCGUCUCUAUAUGAUAGACAAUUUGGCAAAACUGGGAAUUGACAGACAUGUCACGGAAGAAAUCGCAGCCACACUAGAUGACAUAUACAGAUCCUGGACGCAAGGCAGUGAAGAAAUAUUUUUAGACCCUGAAUGUUGUGCUUUGGUAUUUAGGCUUCUAAGGAUGAAUGGCUACGUAGUCUCUUCAGAUGCAUUGGUGAAUUUUGACAAACAAGAAGAUACCUUAAGUUCAUCUAGCAAUAAUAUAAAGUCUGCUUUGGAGUUAUACAAGGCUUCACAAAUUACAAUAUUUCAAAGUGAACCUGUUCUUGAAAGAAUUUACGCUUGGACAAGCACUUAUCUUGGAGAAGAGUUAGCAAGUACUGGGGGGAUCCAAGACAAGAGCCUGCAUGAUGAGGUGGAUUAUGCUAUUAACCAUCCACUUUCCUACUUGGAAAGAAUUGAAAGCCGUCGUUAUAUUGAGAAUUACAACAUGGAUGACAUUGAACUUCUUAAAACAUCUUACAGGUUUUUCAAUAUUGAUAAAAGUGAUCUCUUGACGUUGUCACUCCAAGAUUUCAAUCAGUGUCAAGCCAUGUACCGCAAAGAAUUAGAAUAUCUGGAAAGAUGGGUAAAAGAAUAUAAUUUUGAAAAAUUAGAGUUCGCAAGGCAAAAGAUAGCGUAUGCGUAUUUUGCUGUUGCUGCAGUCCUUCCCCACCCUGAUCUAUCUGAUGCUCGCAUCGCUUGGGCUAAAAACAGUGUUCUAACAACUGUUGUUGAUGAUUUCUUUGACUUUGGUGGUUCUAUGGAGGAAAUACAGAACUUUAUGGAAUUGAUUCGCAGAUGGGAUGAUCACUCAACUGUUGGAUUCAAGUCCAAAGAUGUGAAGAUACUCUUCUAUGCAGUUUAUGGUACAACUAAUGAGCUUGCUGAGAAGGCCAUCAAACAACAAGGGCGAUGUAUCAGAAAUCACUUGAUUGAUCUUUGGAUCACUCUGCUAGAUACCAUGUUAAAAGAAGUUGAGUGGGCGAGAGAAAACUCAGUGCCAACCAUGUAUGAGUACAUGACAAAUGGAUAUGUAUCAUUUGCCUUAGGACCUGUUGUUCUCAUACCACUUUAUUUCAUGGGUUCUAAACUCUCCGAGGAAGUUGUCCAAAGCCAAGAGUACAAUAAUCUCUUCUUGCAUAUCAGCAUGAUUGGCCGACUUAUAAAUGAUCGUCAAACUGUUAAGAGAGAAAGUGAACAAGGAAAAUUAAAUAGUGUGUCAUUAUAUGUAAUACAUGGUCGUGGAGCUAUAACUGAGAAGGAGGCUCAAGAGGAGGUUGCAAGAAUCGUAGAGAGCCAUAGGAGAGAGUUACUGAGAAUGGUGCAGCAAACGGAAGGAAGCGUGGUUCCUAAAAAUUGCAAAGAAUUGUUUUGGAAGAUGAGCAAGGUGUUGCAUCUCUUCUACAUGUGUGGUGAUGGCUAUUCAAGUCCACACAAGAUGGUUAGUGCUGUCAACGCAAUCAUCAAUGACCCAAUCCCUCUACCCCCAUACUCAAAGUUAAAAUUAAAGCGCUAUUUUUAUCUAAAUUGAAUUUAUAGAAUUCUCUGAUUAAAUUUAUGAUAUCGUAUUAU